UUACGGGGAGGGCGGUGCCACGUGACGGAGGCGCCGGUGUCACGUGACGGGGAAACUAACUGUUGCCUGGCAACGGCGACGCGCCGCCGGUCAGGCCUCACCGGGAGCGGAACGGGACCGGGCCCCACCGGGCCUCACCGGGCUCCCGGGGCCUCCGCGGGGUCCCUCCUCACCCUGAGGGCUUCAUCACACGGUCCCUGCGGCUCAGCUCCGUUUUGGGGCUCCCUGAGGCUCCCGCUGACAUUUGAGGCCUUCUCAGAGUCCUCCCUCCACAGGAUCCCUGCUCACAUUUGGGGUUUGCCGAGGUUCCCGUUCUUUUUGGGGCCUUCUGGGACUCCCUGAGCUUUUUGUUCCCUUUUGGGACAUUCCCAAGGCCCACACUGUCUUCUAAAGGGUCUAAAGGUCUCCCCUUCUGGGGUUUUAGAGGUUCCCCAUUCCCUUUUGGCGUUCCCCAAGGUUCUCGGUCUCUUUCAGCGUCCUCCCUCUUCGGGGUCUCUGUUCACAUUUGGGUCUCCCUGAGGCUCCCGUUCCUUUUUGAGGCCCUUCAUCCCUGACUCCUCCUUCGAGCUCCCUGAGAUCCCCACUCCCUUCCAGCACCGUCUCUCCACCCUGAAAACCCCACUCUCUUUUGGGAUCCUCUCAGAGGCUCCCGCUCCCUUUCGGAACUCUCUCUUCCUCCCUGAGACCCCUGCUCCCUUUAGACUUCCCCAAGACGCUCCGUCUGCCGCGUAGCUCUCCAUCCCUGAGACCCCCGCUCCUUUUUGAGGCCCCAGCCCCCCCAGCCCGUUCCCUGCCCUCCCGCCAUGGAGAUCAGGUACGAGUACGCUCGGAAGCGCUGCGAGUUCGGGCGGCCCUGCAGCUUCUCCGACUUCCUGGGCGAGGUGACGGCCGACAUCCCGCCCGACCCCAGCCUGGCCGACGACUUCAUCCCCCAGGACCCCGUGGACUUUGCAGUGCAGGAGGGUCCUGUCAUGGCCCUGCACGAGGUGAACACGGAUCGGGUGCAGGUGUCCAUCCGGGGCGUGAACCACCUGGAGGGCGGGUGGCCCAAGCACGUCGACCCCAAGAAUUCGGAGCUGACCACCCGCUACCGGGAGGAGGUGGAGAGGGAAGAGGCGUACACCAGGACUAUCCAGCGCCUUGGCUCUCUGAUGGAGCACUACAUCAGGCAGAACAACACCAUCGACAUCUACGAGGAAUAUUUUGAGGAGGAAGAGGAGGAAGAUGAGGAGGAGGAGCCUCCCUCAUACAAAACCAUCAAUGUCCUCAGGGACCCCAACCAGCCCAAGAGGAUGGCCACGCGCCUCUCCUGGCACCCCGACGGCAACAGGUCAGUGGCCGUGGCUUACUGCAGCAUGGAAUUCCAGGACAGCAUCAGGAAGGACAUGUGCAUUGAUUCCUACAUCUGGGAUCUGGAAAAACCCUACAGCCCAGAGAUCACCCUCAAGCCCUCGUCCCCUGCGGUGACCCUGGAGUACAAUUCCAAGGACUGGCAUCACGUGCUGGGAGGCUGCUACAACGGGCAGAUAGUGUAUUGGGACACCAGGAAAGGGGGGCUGCCCGUGGAGAUGACCCCUGUGGAGUUCAGCCACAGGGACCCCGUGUAUGGUGCAAGCUGGCUGCCCUCCCGAACGGGCACCGAGUGCUUCUCAGGCUCCACCGACGGGCAGGUCCUGUGGUGGGACAUCCGCAAGAUGUCACAGCCCAGCGAGAAGCUGAUCCUGGACAUCUCCCGGCAAGAGCAGCUGAAGAAUGCUCUGGGUGCCAUCUCCUUGGACUUUGCACCCACCAUGCCCACCAAGUUCCUGGUGGGCACAGAGCAGGGCAUCAUCAUCUCCUGCAAUCGCGACGCCAAGACGCCGCCCGAGAAAAUCGCCUACGUCUUCAGGAGCCACAUCGGGGCUGUCUACAGAGUGACCAGGAACCCCUUCUUCCCCAAAGUCUUCCUGUCAGUCGGUGACUGGACUGCUCGGAUCUGGACGGAGGAGCUCAUGGAUUCAUCAUCAAUUAUGGAGACCAAGUACCACACUCCCUACCUGCUGGACGCAUGCUGGAGCCCCAUAAAGCCGGCCGUGUUCUUCACUUCCAAGUCUGAUGGCACCGUGGACAUCUGGGACUUCCUCUACCACCAGAAGGAACCUGCCCUCAGCAUCAAGGUGUCCAUCGAGCCCCUGCUCAGCCUGUGCUCGCAGGACAACGGGCGCGUCCUCGGCUGCAGCACCAGGAUGGGCACUGUGUUCCUGCUGGAGAUCUCCUCAGGGUUCUGCACCCUCCGCAAGAACGAGAAGACCCUGUCCUCCUCAAUGUUCGAGCGGGAGGCGAGGCGGGAGAAGGCCCUGCAGGACAAGUAUCGGGAGCGGCUGGUGCGGGAGCAGGAGCGGGCACGGGCCCAGCCAGAGCAGCAGGAGGAUCCCCACGAGGUGUUCAAGCAGUCCAAGGCUGAUUUCCUCGCCCACAUCAAGGCAGAGAAGCGCAGGAGGGGCAUGGAAGACCCCGGAGAGGGUGAAGAGGGCGAGGCAGCUGCAGAGCAGGAAAAGCAGGAGGAAGAGUAGGAGGAUGCCAAGGUCAGUGUGCUCCAGCUGCACCUUCCUUUCCCCUCCGUGCCAGAGCUGCUGCAGGGAUGAGGCCGCUGUCCCCAAGCCAGGCAGCUCUCCUGGGCUCUCUGCCCUCCUGGGGUGGCAACCUGCACAGCUCCCUGACCCCACAGCUGCUCCCUGGCCUUUGCAUCCUGAUUUUCUUUGGUGUGAAUAAACCAGUG